AUGCCAUUCUCCCACCACAGCCACUCGGGCCAAUUCUGCCCUGGCCAUGCCAAAGAUUCCCUCGAGGAAGUCAUUCAGACCGCCAUCAGCAAGAAGAUGCAAGUCUUUUGCCUGACUGAGCACAUGCCCCGCGAAGAGGUGGACUUUUACCCAGAAGAGAUCGAAGCCGGCCAAACAGAAGCCUGGCACUCCACCAACGAAGAAGCGUACUUCACCGAAGCCCUCCGCCUACGCAAAAAAUACUCCUCCCAAAUCUCCAUCAUAAUUGGCUUCGAAUGCGACUGGAUCCGGCCCUCCUCGCAAACCGUCAUCGCCCGCUCCCUCUCCCGCUUCCCCUUUGAAUUCUUCAUCGGCUCCGUGCACCACAUGCACACCAUCCCCAUCGACUACGACCACGAGAUGUACAUCCGGGCCCGCGAUAUCGCCGGCGGCACCGAUGAGCGUCUAUUCGAGGAUUACUUUGACGCGCAGCUGGAUAUGCUGAAGGCGUUGAAGCCGCCUGUCGUUGGGCAUUUUGAUUUGAUUCGGUUGAAGAGUGAUGAUCCUGAGCGGAGCUUUAAGACGUGGCCCGGGGUUUGGGAGAGGGUUGUGAGGAAUUUGGAGUUUGUGGUUGGGUAUGGCGGGUUGGUGGAGGUUAAUGGGGCUGCGCUUAGGAAGGGGAUGAGUGAGCCUUAUCCGAAGGGGGAGAUUUGUGAGGAACUUUUGGCCCUUGGUGGACGCCUUUGUCUGUCAGAUGAUAGUCAUGGCGUUGACCAGGUGAGUUUGAACUUCCACCGCGUGCUGGAGUUUUUGGAUCGAUUGGGCGUGGACAAGUUGCAUUAUUUGUCGUUGGUUGGAGAGGAAGGUGGGGACCUGUCGGCUGCACCGGAUGAGCGGUUCCCUCGCACGAGAGUCGCUGCCGUUUCUAUGGAGGAGGUUAAGCAGAUGGCUUUCUGGAAGGUGUGA